AUGGAUGGAAGCAAAACAAGGAGCGAGGGACUGUAUGAUACUGACAACACGAUGGGAUCUGACCCACGGAGAAUCAAGAAGAAGAUUGCGUUCCCGCGAGUGUUUGAAGGAGAUAUGCAGGUCCUGUGCUGGAUCAAGGACUUCAGGUUCAGGACGUGGUGUGGUGAUACACCUUAUAGCCUGGCCGCUCAUGCGUCAAACGUCACGACGAGAGGCUUCACCGCAAUAGCGCAGGGCAGCAUGAAUGCUGAGCGACUGAGCACUACUUGGAUCAUCCAUCGUCAGGGCAAGCCCAAAGUUGCGAGUGGUACAUUCAAGAGCCUCGAUGGCGACUGUUCAUCGAGCACAGGCAGGAUUGCCUUCCCGAAAGGCACAUUCAAUAGGACGCCAACUGUGCUGGUAGCCUUGAGUGCUGUCGAUCAUGCCGGCGGGAGAGAUCUGAGGAUUGGCACAUAUGUAACAAAGAUAAACCCAGAAGGUUUCGACUGGCACUUGCACACCUGGGGAGAUGGAAAUGAUCGAGCCAUGCGGAGCGCCGAAGCGGCUUAUGUCGCCCUUGGCUUCGUCUGA